AUGGCGAAAGGUGCAAAGACAAAAGACGUCGUUGACGAGCAGCCUCCGUCGGUUGAGGAAGAUCUUUACAAGAUCCUGGGUGUCGAGUCCGACGCAACUCCAGAGGCAAUCAAGACUGCAUACAAGAAAAAUGCUUUAAAGCACCAUCCUGACAAGGUCAGCGAAGACGUCCGUGAAGAAGCCCAUAAGAAAUUCCAGCAAAUCGCCCUCGCCUACGGUGUCCUCUCCGAUGAACGGCGUCGAAAGACUUAUGAUCGCACGGGCAGCACAGACGAGGUCCUCGGCGAAGAUGGUGACUUUGACUGGUUGGAUUUCUACCGUGAACAGCUUUCGGCAAUGCUCGAUACCCGCGCCGUCUCCGAUUUCCAAAAGAAAUACCAGGGCUCCGACGAGGAGAAGAAGGACUUGCUGGAGGCUUAUGAGCAGCAUGAAGGUGACAUGGAUGGUAUUUAUGACUCUGUCAUGCUGUCCAACGUCCUAGAUGACGAUGAGCGCUUCCGGGCUAUCAUCGACCAGGCCAUUACCGACGGCGAGGUGGAAAAGUACACAAAGUACACCGAGGAAUCUGAGAGCAAGCGCCAGCGUCGAGUGAAGCGUGCCCAAAAGGAGGCCAAGGAAGCUGAGAAACUCGCCAAGGAGGUUGAGAAUAACAAGAAGAAAAAGGCUGCCGCGGCGGCCAAGGCUACUAGCGGAGGCGGAGAUGACGAUCUGCUUGCACUUAUUACCAAGCGCCAGCAGCAACGUGGACAGGGCUUCCUUGCUCAGUUGGAGGAGAAGUAUGGUCAACCCAAGGGCAAGAAGCGCGCUCCUGUGGAUGAACCACCGGAGGAGGCGUUCGCUGCUGUUGGUGCCCGCAAGAAGUCCAAGGAUGCGAAGCCCAAGGCCAAAAAAUCUGCGAAGCCGUAG